ACGACUGCCAGGUCAACGGAGAAGGGAGCCGGGUCCUCGGGAAGUGUAGUCUCAACCGGAACAGAGCCGGCGUGGGUGCAAACAGAGGGGAGCGCAGUGGCAAUCAGCGCUCGGCGCUUAACUGCCCGCCCCGAAGACUCCUGGGAGCUCAGGCCCACGCGCGAGUGCGCAGGCGCAGACGACUCACCCUGGGCCGGGGGUGAGGCUUGAACUGUUCCCUUUUCCAAGAGAAGAGCUCAAAAGAGAAGGUUCAUCUCUUAGAAAUCUCAAAGCCAUGUCUCAGGAUGAACUAGAGUAUGCCCUUACAGGGAUCAGUGUCAUUCAAGGAUGUUACUGUGGACUUCACCCAGGAAGAGUGGCAACAACUAGACCCUGCUCAGAAGGCCCUCUACAGGGAUGUGAUGUUGGAAAACUAUUGCCACUUCAUAGCUGUGGGGUUUCACAUGACUAAGCCUGAUAUGAUCCGCAAGUUGGAACAAGGAGAGGAGCUGUGGACACAGAGAAUUUUUCCAAGUUACAGCUACCUAGAAGAAGAUGGGAAAACUGAAGAUGUCUUAGUGAAGUUCAAAGAAUACCAAGACAGGCAUUCUAGAUCCCUCAUACUUAUUAACCACAAAAAACUAAUUAAGGAGAGAAGUAAUAUUUAUGGUAAAACACUUACUCUAGGCAAGAACCAUAUUUCAAAAACAACCCUAUGUGAAUAUAAACCUGAUGGAAAAGUUUUGAAAAAUAUUUCAGAACUAGUCAUUAGAAAUAUAAACCCCAUAAAAGAGAAGUUUGAUGAGAGUAUUGGAUGGGAGAAAUCACUUCACAAUACUAAGCAUGAGAAAAUUCAUCCUGCAGUGAAUCACCAUAAACAAACAGAAAGAGUUCUCAGUGGUAAACAGGAGCUUAUUCAGCAUCAGAAGGUUCAAACUCCAGAGCAACCAUUUGAUCGUAAUGAAUGUGAAAAAUCCUUCCUGAUGAAAGGAAUGCUGUUUACACAUACUAGAGCUCACAUAGGAGAAAGAACCUUUGAAUACAAUAAAAAUGGAAUUGCCUUCAUAGAAAAGUCAAGUCUCAGUGUCCAUCCAAGUAAUCUUACGGAAAAGAAACCCUCUGCCUGCAACAAAUAUGGGAAAUUCCUCUGCAGAAAGUCUGUUUUUAUUAUGCCUCAGAGACCCCAAACAGAAGAGAAACCCUUUCAAUGUCCUUACUGUGGGAAUAGCUUUAGAAGGAAGUCAUACCUCAUUGAACAUCAGCGAAUUCACACAGGUGAAAAACCUUAUGUUUGCAAUCAAUGUGGAAAGGCCUUCCGUCAGAAGACAGCCCUCACCCUUCAUGAGAAAACACACAUAGAGGGGAAACCCUUUAUUUGUAUUGAUUGUGGGAAGUCCUUCCGCCAGAAGGCCACCCUCACUAGACAUCACAAAACACAUACGGGGGAGAAAGCCUAUGAAUGUCCUCAGUGUGGAAGUGCCUUUAGGAAGAAGUCAUACCUCAUUGAUCACCAGAGAACUCACACGGGAGAGAAACCGUAUCAGUGUAAUGAGUGUGGGAAGGCAUUUAUCCAGAAAACAACCCUCACUGUGCAUCAGAGAACUCACACAGGAGAGAAACCCUAUAUUUGCAAUGAAUGUGGGAAGUCCUUCUGCCAAAAGACAACCCUCACUCUCCACCAGAGAAUUCACACAGGGGAGAAACCGUAUAUUUGUAAUGAAUGUGGGAAGUCUUUCCGCCAGAAGGCAAUCCUCACUGUUCAUCACAGAAUACAUACAGGAGAGAAAUCCAAUGGCUGUCCUCAGUGUGGAAAAGCCUUUAGUAGGAAAUCAAACCUCAUUCGACAUCAGAAAACUCACACAGGAGAGAAACCAUAUGAAUGUAAACAGUGUGGGAAGUUCUUCAGUUGUAAGUCAAACCUAAUUGUCCAUCAGAAAACUCACAAGGUAGAAACCAUGGGAAUUCAGUAAGUAAUGUGACUUUUUUUUGUAAAAAAAUUUUUAAGUCAUAGUAAACCCUGUACAUGAUGUUGCUUGCAAUUGCAGUAAUAUCCAACAGUUUAAGGUACUAUACCACAUGGUAUCCUACUGUUUGCCAGCCUAUAAAACACACACACACACACACACACACACACACACACACACACACAUUAUUAGACAAAUUAGAUGACAGAAAUCAUUUAAAAAUCCAAAUUUUUUAUUACUAGCUUCAGCAGACAAAAACUUCCUCUGUCCAGGUAUUAUAAACAUUUAAAAUCACAUUUUCCAUUUCAAUACAUAUCUUUCUGUUAAGCGGUAAUAAAUAGUUGGCCAACUGACUGUGGUCCAUGGACUAUACAGUGAGUAGACAUUCUUUAAAAGAAGAAGGCAUGAACUGUAUUUCUCAUUGCAAAUACAAAAUAAAAAUUAGUUGUUACUGCCUCACAGUUGACCAUAAUUCUGACUUCUAACAUUACAAAUUAGUUUUUAUAUAUUAUAAAUCAUUAUGAAUCACGUAUUCUUUCAUAUACAGCUUAUUACAUUCAUCAUGUCCCUGAGUCUGAUCAUUAGUGCAUGUAGCAGAAGUUUAUUUAUUUUUAUUCAAUAUAGAGUUCUGUUAUAUGAUUAUAUCACAAUUUAUCCAUUCUACUGUUGAUGGACUUUUACAUUGUUUACAGCUUAGGGUCGUAAUAAAUAAUGCUUCUGAGAACAUAUUUGUCUUGGUGUACAUACAUGCAUUUCUCUUGUGUAUAUACUUAGGAAUGGAAUCGCUGGGUCUUAGAACAUAAUGUGUAUUCAGUCAGAUACUGCCAGACAAUUCAGAACUUUGACCACAUGAGAUCACACUGUAGGAAAGCAGCUAUAAGUUUUAUCAAUAUGUGCUGGUUCAAACCAGAGAAUUCAUGCUAGAGGAAAAAAAUCUAUCGAUGUUAUUGUGAAAACUGGGAAUGUGAAUAUAAUAUAUAUAUAAAGGCUUUCAGCCAGAGCCCAAAUCUUCCAGACAAAUGUAAUAAAUGUGAGAUUGCUAUUAGCCA